AUGUUGAUCUCCGAAGAGCUGGAAGACAUCACCAGGUAUGGGUCAAAGGAAUUAUUUGUUGAUGAGAAUGAUGAGGCUAUGAAAUCAAGACAAAUCCAAUACCAUGAUGCUGCAAUAGAUAGGAAACAUUCAGCGGUUUUAGAUCCUUUAAAACGUCAUAAAGAUGGAAAAAAGUUGUUUCAAUUCAACCGCGUUUUUGGUCCAACUGGUACUCAAGAGGAGGUUUUUUGCCGACAAGAGAAAAAAGCCAAACACAGCGCCAACGGCGCACAUGAUUCCCUUCUAGUUCAUAAUCCAUAAACAAAGACGAACUUCAAAACCCUUCAAAUUUGGAAGGAAAAUUAGAAGAGAAGAUUAUGCAUCCAUUAUCUUUUGUUCUUUUCUCUAAUUCUUUCAAAAAAUAAUUUUGAAAACAUUUUUUUUAGUUAUCUCUUUAAAUUGAACUUAUAAACAAAAUAUAAAAAAGAGAAACAAUGUAAAGAGAAGAAACAUAGAUUUUAAAGGAAAAGAAGCAUCCUUGUUUCCUAUUAAUGGGAGAACAUUCGUCUGAGUUUGGAAGACGAAAAUUAUGUGUAUCAAAUCCAUACGCUUUAUCCAAACAAUUAAACAUCAUCAAACCCGAACCCUUAACCGAACCCCCUAUUUAUUUGAGCUAAAUGUAAAUAAAAACAACAUAAUUUAUUUAUUUGUAUAUUAUAUUAUCUCUCAUUUAAUUUAAUCCUCUAUAAUAAAUGAAAAUAUUUUUGUCACUUGUCAUUCUCUUAUGC